CUUCGAACAGCGGACGAGGUUACGAUGCUGGCCACUGUAGGAGGUAUUCUGGAGAAGCCGGGCUGGUCUCAAAAGGUAUUCGAGACCAAGAUCACUGACAAGUGGAGGCAAGAAAUGGCCGCGGACGAUUAUUCGGGUGAGCGAGGGAGGAUGAUAGACUAUGUCAUUGCCCACGUCCAGUGGCUGGCAAAGGGAGCCCAAAGGGGCAAGCCAGAAGCCACAGGCGUUCCUGCGGUGUGGCGACUUGAACAGCCUGGUGGAUCCGACCUGAGAACAGAACUAUGCAUCCAGGUUCAGCAUCUCAUCGAAUCGGGCGACGAAAGAAAGGAACGAGACUGGCACCCCGGGUCCAACGAGCAGGUGCUUGACAUCAUUCAUCCUUCCCUGUACCCGCUCGUAGAUCAACGCUCUUAUAUGCUUAAAACAGCUGCGACGCUGUUUGAGACAGGAAGAGAUGGCGUGGAUCAAUUGAGCCCUUUGCGAGAUUUGGCGGAGAUUGGCAAAGAUGACGGGGAGCUGAUUGUCGCUGACUUGACUCUGCCAGUCACCAAGCCCAAGGAUGUCUGGGACCAUGAAGGGGAGCAAAAUUACCAGUGGCUUCCAGCGGAAGUCCUGAUCACGAACGUGCGCGACCAUCAGACAGCAAAAAUUCUCUCGUACAUCAACAAUCUGCAUCCUCAACGUCAUGCCAGCGUGUAUGCGACUUUGGAAAAAGCUGUGACUGCCUUCGUCCCCCUUUUUGAGGCCGUCGUCGCCUCCUUAUUGCGCGCUUCUCGCGAUCGUCUCGAUGGCCGCUGGGCCUCGAAGCAGGAUGACACUACGCCUCCUUCGGGGCCGGCAGAGCCCUCGGACCCGGACGACAAAGAUGCUUGGGACAAGUAUGAGGAGCGUGCGGUGCGGUGGGAGGAGACGCGAAAGUUUGUGAGACCUGAAGUUGCUACUUGGAAGGAGCCCAUUCCCGAUGUCCCUGUCUCGCUUGCCGGACGCACGCUCCAAAUCAUAUUUAAGAUAGCAAGCGUGGAGCUCACGCCGGAUAGACCAAAGUAUGAAGGUGGCUCCUGGCACCUGGAAGGAACACGAAGGGAGAAAAUCUGCGGUACCGGCAUUUACUACCUUGAAAACGAAAACGUCACGACGCCAGCGCUGGAAUUCCGGCAGUACGUCGAUCCAGAUUACCUUUCUCACGAACAGAACUUAUAUGACCAUCUCGAAGCUGUGUACGGGUUUGAGAACGAUUCUACAGGUCAAAAUCAGCUCCUGGGUCGCAUCUCAACCUCGGAAGGCCGGGGCGUCUGCUUUCCCAACUGCUGGCAACACAGACUCUCGCCGUUUGAGCUUUCAGACAAGACCAAAAGAGGGCAUAGAAGAUUCCUGGUGAUGUUUCUUGUUGACCUAUUCGAACGCGUUCCAUCCACCGCGGAGGUCCGACCUCAACAGCUCGACUGGCUGCUCGAUAGCCUUAGCGAGCACAAGGACACACACAUGGCGGCGUUGCCGGUCGAAGUACAAACCCAGAUCUUCAGGGAGAUAGAUUCGGCAUGCGAGGCGAACGAAUGGCUACCACUCGAUCACGAUGCCGAUCGCUUCGAGGAGCGCAAAGCUUACUGCCUCAGACAAGCACCACAGGAAUCAUUGGAUGGUG